AUGAGAAACAGCACCAAAGUAGAUGUGUUUAUUGACAACAUCCAUGAAAAGCGAGAGAAACCAGAAGAAGAAGAAAAGAAGUGGCUGACAGUUGUGGAUAAAAAUGCAGUCAAUUCAUCUCGGGAAUUUUCAUGUUUCUUUUGCUUACUUUCUUUUUUUUUCUACUUUUCUCUUUGCCUCUCUUUACCUUUGUAUUUUCUUUCUUUCUCUCAUUUUUUGCUUUCACUUUAUUUUGUGAAAAGUGAGAGAUCCUUAUCUUUACUCUUAUUUUAUCAUUUUCUUUAUUCUCUUUUUCAUUUUCUUUCUUCUCACAUCUCAGUAUUCUUUUGCAUUACUGUCUUCUCACUCUCUUUUACUACUCCUUCUAUUCACAGUUUAUUUUUCCUCUUUAUUUUUCUUUAUUCUUCUUCACUUGAAAGUGCCCCUUCCCCUUCUUGUUUCUUUCAUUUUCAUUACUGUUAUUUAUUCCUGAAUUCUUUCUGA